GACUAUUCAGCCGAAAGACUAGAAAGGGUUUUCCCGGGUGUCCGGUUACCUGAGAUCACGUGAGAGAUUGUGUGACCCAUUUGACCCCAUUCGACCCAUUCGACUCGUCUUGAUUGGUUAAAUCGAUUGGCUACAAGCUCGGCUGCUAAGUCGCUCAAACUGCUCAAACCGCUAACUGACUUCACCGAUCGAAUCUCAACAAGAGAACAAGACCAAUCUCCACUCUAACCACGACGUCCUUAACAAUACCUCAUACGCCACACCACUACCACCUACUCACCUAUCCCGCCUACGAUUAUUCUCGGGGAAAUAUUACAAACAUCGCAUAGGGAAAGAGAGAAGAAGAAAGAAAGAAGAAAAAGGGAGCAAAAGGUUCCAAACAAACAAGAAACGGGACCUAUUUCGAGUCACAUCAAAAAGCACCCAAGCCAACAUACCUAUCAUGCCCGCCGUCCGACCGAACGCCGCCGCCGUGCGGGCUACACGCGCCCUGCAGCAAAACUCCAAGACCACAGCCAGACCUUUCUCGGCCACCCCGCGCGCUCCAGCCUCUCACGGCCCUCAAUACGACCCCCCGACCGGCUGGCUGUUCGGCGUCAAGCCCGGCGAGAAGUACCAGAAGGAAGGAUGGGAGACCCCGUUCUUCUACGGUUUCUGCGGUAGCUUGGCUCUCGCUGCUGUCGCCUACGGAUUCAAGCCUGAUACCUCAAUACAAACAUGGGCUCUAGAAGAGGCGCGACGGAGAUUAGAAGCCGAGGGCAUCCUCGAGGACCCCGAGAAGAAGUGAUGGGCCCUUCCCCAAACCAUAUAGAGUGCGAUAAACGGGACAAAGAAAAAAGAAAGAACUGUGGUACACUACUAGUUCGAGAAACUCUAUUUGUAUAUGAAAUCCCGAUUUUCCCUUUUUUGUUUUUUUCCUUUUUCUCCUUGCCCUCUCGUGUCGCCUCGCCCUCCUGGCGACGGUGACGGCUUCUAUUAGAGAAAUCUCAUCAUAGACGGAUCACCUCCCAAGCUGGUGAAAAGGGGUGGGGGGGAGGCGCUUGCUACCUACAAGCUACAAUUAAAAUGUCUUCUGCCGUGUAAUUCCCCGUCUACAUUAGCAUUCAUCAAUGCACCGGAAUGUUUUUGAACAGUUAUCC